GCCUGGGGGGGCCCCCAGAGUGAACAGGGCCACACUUACUGAGCCCCUGCUGGGUCCCAGGCAUGGUGCUUGGAACUUGGGACACAUUCUCAGUGACCUCUGAAACAGCACUGCGGAGUUGGGAGUAUCAUCUCCAUUUUACAGAUGAGGAAAACAGAGGCACAGAGGAGUCAAAUGACCUUUCCAAGGUUACACGGUGACCUCAGACAGGCAGGGGAGGACUGAGACCGGGGUCUCCAGUCCCACGGCAGGCCUCUCUCAUGGCCCAUUUUCUCCUCUCUCCCCUUCUCUGUAUUCAGACGUGUGACGCGAGCCGAGGGGCCUCCGCUCUGCGCUACUGCGUGACGGUCAGCGGCACGGUGCUUCUGGUAGCUGGGACACUCUGCUUCGCUUGGUGGAGUGAAGGAGAGGCAGGGGCUCAGCCCGGCCAGCUGGCCCCACCCACUGGGCACCCCAUGCCUGAGGCCCCCAGGCCCCUGCUCAGGUCGGUCAGCUUCUUCUGCUGCGGCGCGGGAGGCCUGCUACUACUCUUGGGCCUGCUGUGGUCCAUCAAGGCCAGCACCCGGGGGCCUCCCCGGUGGGACCCAUAUCACCUCUCCAGAGACCUGUACUACCUCACUGCGGAGCCCUCGGAGAAGGAGAGCUAUAGGCUCCCAGAGGUGGCUGCCAUCCCCACUUACGAGGAGGCCAUGUGCUGCCUUCUGGCCGAGGGGCCCCCGACUCGGCCCGCGGACCCCCUGGAGGAAGGCCUGAAGGACAGUGCCUCUGGGGAUGCCCUGCUCGGGACCCAGCGCCCCCUGCCGCCGCCCAGCUACGAGAGCGUCGUUGGUGCCGAGCGUGGCAUCUCCGGAGAGACAGGCCCGGCUCGGACUGCAGGGGGGCGAAGCUCAAGGCUCCCGGCAGACCCCAGAGCUGGAGACAGGUGGUGCGCGUGGGCCGUAUAGUGCAGGGCCUGGCACACGGGGGCAUGCGACAAAUGUUUGCUGCUGAAUGCUCGCGUCUUGACCUAUUGCUGUGUAACAGACAGCUUCAAAUAAAUGCAUUUCAUUCUC